AUGCCCAUCGCUGGCAAUCUAGUCAGCAAGGGCAUGAGAUCUGUCACGCAGCCUACCCGAGUAUGGUCAGAGUUACGACGCAUGAUGCGACCACUACUCAACACCGACUUUACGAAAAGAUUCAUCGACUGGCAGGAGUACGAGAGUAUGCAAAUGUUACAGGCAUAUCUUGACGACUCCUCGACAUGGUAUCUGCACAACUCUCGCUACGCGACCGGAGUAAUGUACGGCAUCAUUGCUGGUGAGCGCCUGUCCAAGACAGAUGCUGAGAUGCAAGAAUAUCGUCGGACCACGAUGGAGUUUCUUGCUAGUAUUCAGUCUACUGCCGUCGACUUCUUCCCGUUCCUUGAGUAUCUCCCAAGAUCUUUGCAAGUUUGGCGGCACAAGUGGGAAGCCAUGGGAGCGAGACAUUACCAAGCCUUCACGUCUUGGUGGCAUCCCAUCAAGACCCAAGCUACCGGCGACAAAGCCCAACACUCUUGGGUCAAGCAAGUCAUCCUCGGCCCUACAACGAACUUCCUAGGCAACGAAGACGAAGCUGCCUACCUAACCAACACCCUCAUCUCCGCAGGCGGCGACAACCCCCGCAUCGCCCUCAACACCUGCCUAAUGGCCAGCAUCGUCCACACCUCUGCCUGCCACCAUGUCCGCACCGAGAUCGACACCGUUUGCCACGACCCAGACGGCUCUCUACGCCUCCCCGCCACCUCGGACAUCCCUCAGAUGCCCUACACCUGUGCCUUCAUCAAAGAAUGCCUCCGCUACUACCCCGUAGUCCCAAUGGUCCCGCCCCACACCGCUGCCGAGAGCUUCUCGUUCGAGCAGUACACGUUCCCGAAAGGGACCUCCUUCAUCCUCAACAUCCCAACCAUCACGCGAGACUACCUCGAUCCGCAGUCCUUUCAGCCCGAGAGAUGGAUCGAUGGACGUGGUGGCGAGGCGAAGCUUACCGAAGCCUUCUGGGGCUUCGGAGGUGGGAAGAGGGUUUGCAUUGGGUAUAAAGCUGCGCAGACGGGGUUGUUCCUGCCUUUCGCGAGGUUGAUGAUGUGUUUUGAGGUGGGGAAGGCUGGGGACUUUGAUGACAGGAGGGUCAACGCCUGGAGCUCUGGAGAGCCAUUCCCGUUGAUGUUGCGGUUGAGGGAGGAAGAGUAUAGAGAGCUUAUAUUGCGAAAGGCGAAGGCGAAGAAGAUGCCUGAGUAA